AUGCCAGGAAUCCCCAAAACAAAAGGCUGCUCCGUUUGCAAAGCCAAAAAAAUCAAGGUAAUUAAUUGGAUAGGAAAUACCUCAAUAUUGGCUGAUGAAAAAUGCAAUUGCUCCUUUGUCUCUAUUUCCAACCGAGAAAAAUACCUCAACAGGCUAAUGAUUGUCUGCGACGAGAAGUGGCCAACUUGCACGGCCUGCCGACACUCCAAACGAACAUGCCCUGGCCCAUCACCACUUGUAACCUAUGCAUACAGAUCUCAGGAACCAUUCAAUGAGAACUUCAACAACACAAAGCUGCCUUUUCCCAACUUGCUAGCCUCGACGUGGGUUGAAAACUCGCUACCACCAGAGGAGAGAUCAUGCCACAAUCACAACCACCAAUCAAAGAAAUACAAACCCAUCAGACCUCGGCUUCCUACUAAGUCGCGCGGUGUCUUAAUAAGCAAUGGCUCACCUCGUGCCAGCCCAACAACAAGACUGAGCCAACUCGCGGCCAGUCUUGUCUCUGUGCUCAACACGUCCACGGAUCUUGGAGAUGCAGCUCACCUUAGUAUACUUUCCUUUGUCCCACCUCGCCUUCAAGAAAGCCAGUGCUUGUCUGAUAGUGUGGCAUUCUGGUGCAGCUCGCAGUUGGAUGAUCGCCGCUGCCUGAUGAAACCAAGUGUCGAGACACUACGCUCCUAUAGCAAGGCACUGCAGAGUCUGCGGCAAGCCUUGAGAAGCAAGCAAGUGUACUGCCCUGAGACAUUGGCAACAGUGGUGAUCCUCCAGAGAGCCGGGACAUCCUUUGACAAUGCAGUAAAGCUAGAUUCGGUUGCCCAUGCAAAGGGCAUGUCAGAAUUGAUCGUGCAGAGAGGGCCGCCCCGCCUGGAUGAUGAUUUGGACGCCUCGCUGGCAAGUGAACUAGGCUCAAGUCUCUUUUGCUGGUGUGAUAAACUUGGCGGUCAGGAGGUACCCAAGACUAUGGACGCUGAAGAAAUCAAGGUCGAAGGGCCUCUAAUAUCAGCGUCGGAGGAAGCUCUGAUCCAAGGCACAUUCGGCAAGAUGGCUGAUUGCAUGACCCAUGUUAAAAUAGUUCAUAACGACCCCGAUCCUGAAAACAUGAAAGUCCUGGCUUCAGACCUCCUUGCGCAAAUUCGGCUCUGGAACCAAGGCUUUUCCCUGGCUAUUGAUCAAAUUGAGAAACGCUUCACCAAGCAGGGACUGAUGGAAGUUAUCCCCGACAAAGACUUCUUUUUAAAGGAAAAAUACCAUUUGAGGUCUAUCGCUGCCACGCAGUUCCUCCUCGAAGUCUUGGUACUCCAGAUCAUCAUUGCCAAAGUUCUCCACAGCUUCAGUUCAUUCUGUGCCUCCCCAGAUGAUACCGCCCUUUACUUUGAAAGAUAUCGCAAACUCUCGAUCAAGUACUGGAUGCUUAUCCCUCACCUUAAGGCAUCACAUAUCAAGGCUUCGCAGAUUGUUUCGUGCACUUUCAGUCUUACCUUUGAGGCUGCUGAGAACGACCUGGAGAGGGAUCAAGUCCUGGAUGCUGUCAUGACUUUCGACCAGUACAUGGGGAAAUUCAAACGCCACCGCAAACUCUUAGAAGACCGAGUGCUUCAGACCGCUAAGCAGCUUACGGGUCGCGGGGGGGUUCUGCCUAUCCAAGUUUGGAUCAGCGGUCAAAGAGAGUCCAAGACACGAAAAAAGACAAAGAAGAUCGCAUCCAAUCCACGUUGGGUCACUAAUUCCAGUCACAUUCUCCAUGGUUGUUUAUUCUUUGAGAGGUUGCUAGAUACAUAG